AUGUGGCUCUUUCGGGUCUUCUCGUCGGCCAUCUUCCUCGCCGUGACCGUCUCCUCCAUCCCGCUGGCCUUCGACGUGGGAGGCAAGACGUGCGGUCUGGCCUUUUCGCUAUCCCUGGCCACCUUCUACUUCCUCUUCUCCUUGUUGAGGCUGACCACCCCCGAGCGCUCAUGGAUUCGUUCUUCUGUGAUCGUCGUCAUUCGUUCUACGCAAUGGAUCCUCAUCCCCGUCUUGUUGAUCUGGUCCCUGAACCGCUUCUCUGUUGAUCCCGACAAUAACGGUGGUUGGGUCGAGCGUACCUUUACUGGGAAACGCGCGCAGGACAGCUCCGUCAGCGAAUGGCUUUUCGGUCGCGAUGGCUUGGUGGAAACGGUCACUCUGGGUAACUGGGAUCGUUUGUUGCGAUGGUCUACCCCCGUCUUUCAACUGGCCGAAGGCUUCUGUAGCUUGUUGGUCAUUCAGGCCGCCGGGCAGAUCACUCGAUGGCUCGUGAAUCGCGGUGGUCGAAGUGAUAGCUGGAUGAUCGGUCUACUCGUCCUCUCAGCAACAGUCAUCUCAAGCUCCGUCUAUUUCCUCUGGCGCGUCCUCCAAUUCCCCGAGAUCUCCAAUGUCGAUGCGGCUCUAAUCGGCGUCUCGGUGACCUGCGCUGUGAUCCUAUGCGCCUGGGGAAUCGGCAGCGGCCGCGGUAACCCCGUCGAGAGCUCCCUACUCUUCGCCUACAUCGUGCUCUGCAUCUACCAGAUCUUCACCGACUACCAGCGGGCGAUUUCCCCCCCUCUCCCGCCCAUCUUCAUGGCUUCGUACACGACUCUCAUGCACGCGCUCUCUCUUCUCCCUUCGAUCAUCCACGCCGGGUUCAACGUCUUCACCGCGGUCUUCAGCGCCGUCACACCAUCCGUCCUCAUUUCGCUCGCCUACCGCCUUUUGGUCCUGUACGCAUCUACUCGCAUUAUUCCGGCCGUGCGUGAAGCUGGUGCUCGCGCUAUUUCCCAGGAGGCUUCUCUCGACGACUCGGAUGCGGCGGGGCAAGUUCUUGGCUUCAUGAGCUACUUCGCCCCGUCCAUCCUCAUCGCUGUCUACACUAGUCUCUUGAUGCAGCACUUCGCAUCUGCCUCUCAAGCAAUGGGAGGCAGCGGCGAGUGGUGGAGUAGCCAGGGCGGCGGUGGAGGCAAUAUGUGGCGAUGGAUCAAUCUGGCCUGCACUAUGGGUCUGUACGCCGUUGAGCUUUGGCUUGGAGAAAAUGAUGAUCUCGAUCACGGUCUCGCUGGACAUUGGAAGACAGACUGA